AUGAAUGCAAUGAACUUCAUUCAGAUUUUCGCCAUAUCUCUCUUUUGGAAUCAUGUCACAGCACUCACUUCAAGCGAGGGCUAUCUUUGGGGAUCUUUAAGCAAAGCACUCCAAAAACGGAAUGCACCCGUGGCAGGCGCUGAUGGGAUUUGCUUCACUCAUACCCUCCAGCGGGGAGAGAACUGUGCAACUCUGGCGAGUACCUACUCGGUCUCGGUCGCUGACAUUGAGAUAUGGAAUACUGGCUCAUGGGGCUGGAAGGGGUGCCCGGAGAUAAUGCCGGGUGACUUUAUCUGCGUGAGCUCUGGUGGUCUCCCGAUGCCGAAAGCUCUCCCAGAUGCCGUGUGCGGUCCACAGACACCGGGAGCAGUACGUCCUGCGAACUAUGCCGAUCUUGCCUCAGUCAAGCCCUGUCUUCCAGGUGGAUGCUGCUCGCGCUGGUUCCAAUGUGGGAACUCGUCUGCUUUCUGCGAUCCGGACAACGGCUGUCUCUCUGGGUGCGGGUCAUUUGCCUUCAAGGAGGUAGCCGAUGUUCUUAAAAAGGAGGCCCAUAAGCAGGCCACAUUGACUACCAGUGUUGCCAGUACGACCAGUACCACAUCAAAGGAGAAACCCACGUCGGAAAGCACGACUUCUACCACGAAGACGAAAAAGCCAGUUGCCGUGUCGACUGACCCUCCGGAACCUGAAGCUGAGCCAGGAAUCGACUGGGUCAUCACCUUGUACGAAGAGAAGGGAUGUGAAGGUGGCAAUUACUAUGCUCUCCAAGGGCACAAUACCGAUAAAAACAUGGAAUGCCUCAAUCUUCAAGCUUGGAUCUCCACCGAGAUUACGAACGAUAAAACAUCUUGUCGCUGGUGGACAGAGGGGGGUCUCAAAUGGCAAAAGUGCACCAAAAGCAAAUUGCUCGAGCCCAAGUCGUGGUAUCUCAAAUUCGGGGGUUGCUCGGUGUUUACUGACCCGAACUGCCAAGUGGACGGAGGGCACAUUAGUAAAAAAGGCUGCCAUGGUCCGAAGGAAUCCUACUGGUCGCCUGAUGAAUUCACGUCUUUCAUGUGCUUUAAUAACACGCCUUGGCCCUACAUUUAA